CCACCUCCCACUCCCAGCCUUGCAAUUGAGCGUCACCAAGACCCUCGACGGACCAACGCGGCAAAUUGAACAAUUCCCCGAGUCUCGCAUCACCCCGACAAACAGACAUCAUGAGCUUCGUCACCCGCCGAGCGCUCUCGACGCUCAUCCCUCCCAAGGUCGCUUCUCCCAAGGCCAUUGGCGCCGCUCCUGAUGCUAUCCGCAUGCAGCGUGUCGUCAGCUUCUACGAGAAGCUUCCCCGAGGUGCCGCUCCCGAGGUCAAGGCCAAGGGUCUCCUCGGCCGAUACCAGGCCAAGCACUUUGGCAAGAACCCCAGUGGCAAGCCCAUCAUUCACGCCAUUGUCUUCCUCGUUGCCAUUGGUUAUGCCCAGAACUACUACUUCCACCUGCGCCACCAUAAGAACAACGCCCACUAAAUUACUGUGGGAUUCAGAUACCUUAGCGGGAUUAUUGUCUGAGAGGGAACGGAGGUCGUGUAUAUAAAGCUCCUAAACACCGCGGUCGAGCGCGCGCCUUGGUUUCCCUAUGUAUCUCUAACAAGCAAGUGAUGUGACAUUAGCCUG